AUGGGUCUCAGCAGAGCGUCGCUGGGCUUUAUGGGCCUGUUCUUUAUGGCAGGCUCCAUCUUGCUGAUCUUCCUCACUCUCUUGGCGGGGAGUUACAACCACAGACCGCUGAACGAGGUCUAUUUCCUUCAAGCCGACACGGGGAAUAUCCCAGGUGCACCGGCAACGUCGCGUUGGACCUUCUGGAACCUCUGUGGAGUCACUGAUGGCGGCAAGAAUGACUGCGGAAAAUCUCACCCAGAUUUCCCAUUCGAUCCCCCAAGCCACCGUAACUUCAACACGACCGACAAUGUUCCUCACCAAUUCAUUGGCACCAAGCACUACUUUUUGAUGUCGCGAUUCAUGUUUCCGUUUAUCAUCAUCGGGUUGUUCUUCGCCGUGCUCUCCCUCUUCACUGGCCUGCUGGCCAUGUGCACUCGCAUUGCCAGCUACCUAUCUGGCUUCCUGGCCUGGCUCGCCUUGACCUUCCAAGUCAUCACGACCUGUCUCAUGACCGCCGUCUUUGUCCAGGGUCGCGACGCUUUCAAGAGCAACGGACAAACCGCAAAACUUGGUGUCAAGGCUUACGCCUUUAUGUGGACAGCAUGUGCCUGUUUAUUCCUCUCAUGCUUGAUGUACUGCCUUGGCGGUGCCGUUGGCCGGAAAGACACCGGUGGCUACAGCGGGCGCAAGGAGCGCCGCCGUGGUUUCUUCUCUUCCCAGCGUUCAAACAGCGUGAAGAGCCAGAAGAAAGAAAACACGACUUACGCUUGA